UGGUGGGAAGCCAGGAGCAAAAACACUAGCCCUCGUAGUUGGGAAUUUUACUAGUUUCUUUUCAGGACCUUGUGGCGACGCGCAGCUCAGCCGCAGGACGCACGAAGCCAGGACGCACGACUGGUAUGAUGGAUAGAUAGCAGGAGGACGAGGAAGAGAAGAUGUCGUUCUUUGGCAUGGACUGUGUCAGGAAGAAAGAGAGAGAGCUGGAGAGGAAAAUCCGCGCCAACGACCGCGAGUACAACCUCUCCUUUAGAUAUGCAACGAACGCCAUCAAGACCUCUAAGUACAACCCCUUCACCUUCCUACCUCUCAACCUGUUUGAGCAGUUCCAGAGGAUCGCCAACGCCUACUUCCUAUUUCUGCUGGUGCUCCAGGUGAUUCCUCAGAUCUCCUCUCUGUCCUGGUUCACCACAGUCGUGCCUCUGGUCCUGGUGCUGGCAGUCACCGCUGCCAAGGAUGCCACUGACGAUAUUAACCGCCACAGAAGCGACAAUCAUGUCAACAACAGGAAGGUCCAAGUCCUCAUUGAUAGAAAACUGCGGAGCGAGAAAUGGAUGGACGUCCAGGUGGGAGACAUCAUCAAGCUGGAAAACAACCAGUUUGUCACUGCCGACCUCCUGUUGCUCUCCAGCAGUGAACCACUCAACCUGGUGUACAUCGAGACGGCAGAACUGGAUGGGGAGACAAACCUGAAGGUGAGACAGGCCCUGACUGUGACAGGAGACCUGGGAGAAGAUAUUGAAAAACUGGCAGACUUCAACGGCGAGGUAUGCUGUGAACCCCCCAACAACCGUCUCGACCGCUUCACAGGAACGCUAACCUACGCCGGUCAGAAAUACCCACUGGACAACGAGAAGAUCCUGCUGCGAGGCUGCACCCUGAGGAACACCGAGUGGUGCUUUGGACUGGUGCUGUUUGGAGGUCCAGAGACGAAGCUGAUGCAGAACUGUGGGAAGAGCAUGUUCAAGAGGACCAGCGUAGACCGACUGAUGAAUGUGCUAGUGCUUUGUAUUUUCGGUUUUCUGGCCUUCAUGUGCACCAUCCUGGCGAUUGGAAACUACGUCUGGGAGCUGAACGAAGGCUCACAGUUCACGGUCUUCCUGCCCAGACAAGAUGGCAACAAUGCAGGCUUCUCCGCCUUCCUCACAUUCUGGUCCUACGUCAUCAUCCUCAACACCGUGGUGCCCAUCUCUCUCUAUGUCAGUGUGGAGAUCAUUCGUCUGGGGAACAGUUUCUACAUCGACUGGGACAGGAAGAUGUACUACUCACAGAACAACACUCCCGCUGAGGCUCGCACCACCACGCUGAACGAGGAGCUCGGCCAGAUCAAGUACGUCUUCAGCGAUAAAACAGGAACGCUCACCCAGAAUAUCAUGACCUUCAACAAGUGCUCCAUCAACGGCAAAUGUUACGGGGAUGUGUAUGACUACACAGGUCAAAGACUAGAGAUUACAGAGCAUACACAGAUAGUGGACUUCUCCUUCAACCCGAUGGCUGACCCCCGCUUCAUGUUCCACGACCACUCCCUGGUGGAGGCGGUCAAGCUGGAGAACCCAGAGGUCCACGACUUCUUCAGGCUGCUGGCCCUCUGCCACACCGUCAUGGCGGAGGAGAAGAAGGAAGGUGAACUUUUCUACCAGGCCCAGUCUCCAGAUGAAGGAGCGCUGGUAACAGCAGCCAGAAACUUUGGAUUCGUCUUCCGCUCACGAACACCGGACAGCGUUUCCAUUGUGGAGAUGGGACAGCAGCGCAGCUAUGAGCUCCUCGCCAUCCUGGAUUUCAACAACGUCCGCAAGAGGAUGUCGGUCAUAGUUCGGAGUCCAGAUGGUAAGCUCUCGCUCUACUGUAAAGGUGCAGACACAAUCAUCUACGAGAGGUUGCAUCAGUCCUGCAGCAAGCUGAUGGACGUCACUACAGAGCACCUUAACGAGUUUGCAGGGGAGGGGCUACGCACUCUGGCGCUGGCCUAUAAGGAUCUGGAUGAGGAGUAUUUCAACCAGUGGAAACAGCGCCACCAUGAGGCCAGUGUAGCACUGGACGACCGAGAGGGCAAACUGGACGAGCUGUAUGAGGAGAUAGAGAAGGAUCUGCUGCUGCUCGGAGCAACAGCCAUAGAAGAUAAGUUACAAGAUGGAGUACCUCAGACUAUCGAGCAGCUGGCCAAAGCUGACAUCAAAAUCUGGGUUUUGACUGGUGACAAGCAAGAAACUGCAGAAAACAUCGGGUACUCGUGCAACUUGCUGCGGGAGGAGAUGAACGAGGUCUUCAUCGUCUCGGGGAACUCACCUGAGGAUGUCAGACAGGAACUGAGAGAUGCACAGAUUUCCAUGACACCAGCAGAGGAUUCAGUGUUUCUGCCAGAAAGAGCUGUGGGUAAAGGUGGGAAAGUGAUCACAGAGGAGUUGGUGAACGGAGAGUACGGCCUGGUCGUCAACGGACACAGCCUGGCGUACGCCCUGGAGCGUAGCAUGGAGCUGGAGUUCCUGAGGACGGCAUGUAUGUGUAAAGCUGUGAUCUGCUGCCGGGUCACUCCUCUGCAGAAGGCUCAGGUGGUCGAGCUGGUCAAGAAGUACAAGCAGGCGGUCACGCUGGCCAUAGGGGACGGAGCCAACGAUGUGAGCAUGAUCAAAGCGGCUCAUAUUGGCGUGGGCAUCUCAGGCCAGGAGGGCAUGCAGGCCGUUCUGUCCAGCGACUACUCCUUCGCCCAGUUCCGCUUCCUGCAGCGCCUCCUGCUGGUGCACGGCCGCUGGUCCUACCUGCGCAUGUGCAAGUUCCUGCGCUACUUCUUCUACAAGAACUUCACUUUCACCUUUGUCCACUUCUGGUACGCCUUCUUCUGCGGCUUCUCUGCGCAGACGGUGUAUGAUGAGUGGUUCAUAACACUCUACAACCUGGUGUACACAGCACUACCUGUACUGGGGAUGAGUCUGUUUGAUCAGGAUGUGAACGACAUUUGGAGUUUCCAGCAUCCUCAGCUUUACGUCCCCGGUCAACUCAACCUGUACUUCAGCAAGAAGGCCUUCUUCAAGUGUGCCCUCCACAGCUGCUACAGCUCCCUGGUGCUCUUCUUCAUCCCCUACGCAGCCAUGCAGGACACCGUGAGGGACGACGGGAAGGACGUCGCUGACUACCAGUCCUUCGCCCUCCUCACCCAGACGUGUCUGCUGUUUGCCGUCACCAUCCAGUUGGGGCUGGAGAUGUCUUACUGGACAGCAGUCAACACCUUCUUCGUGCUGGGCAGUCUUGCCAUGUACUUUGCUGUCACGUUCACCAUGUACAGUAACGGCAUGUUUCUCAUGUUGCCGUCAGCCUUCCCUUUCAUAGGAACAGCCCGAAACUCUCUGAACCAGCCCAACAUUUGGCUGACGAUCCUCCUCACCUCCAUCCUGUGUGUCCUUCCUGUGGUCACCUACCGCUUCCUGUUUAUUCAGCUCUACCCCACCAUCAAUGACAAGGUGAUGUUCAAGGUGAGACAGGCCAAGGCGACGCCUGCCCCUCUGCCUCGACGCGCCCGCAUCCGCCGCACCAGCUCCCGGCGCUCAGGCUACGCCUUCUCGCAUGCGCAGGGCUACGGGGACCUGGUGACGUCGGGACGGUUCCUGCGGCGUCCCGCUGUGUCCCGAUCCUCAGGUUUUGCCCACACUGGUCGGCCUACCAUGGGCUUCAGUCCCAUGGGACGAUCGGCUGGAUACAGCCCGACAGGACGCCCUCAAAACGUCAAGGUCCCAGAUGUGGAGGUGACAUCGCUGCAGAUGUACAGGACUAUAAGAGAUCCUGCACUCUGACAGACAGCUGGUUAAUGUCAGGGAGAAGGACUAAUGCCAACUGGACAGCUGUGUGCCGCCGGUGGUUAAAAGCUCCCAUUCGUACAUUCAUGUACACCUUGAAGAACUUGUUCUGGCUUUCCAGAAAACUUUAUGUCACAGAUUCUUCUCUCAUCUGCGUAGUCGCCCGGGACGAGGUUUGAAAAGUACUUUUGCUCCAAGCAUUUUAUCUUGUAAUCGAUAUAUCAGAGGAAACUACAACAAAAUGUCUCACCACUUCUGAUGGAUCACUUUCCUCAGAUCAUGAGUGCUCAUGUAAAACAUGCCUCAUGCAGACGCAACAGAUGAAACCUUUCUGACACUAGAAACAGUAACAGGGUUAUUCACUUCCACAUAGGAUAAACCACAGAAGGGAAACAUUUUGGCUUCCUGAGGAGGACAAAGUGUCAUCAUGUUUACAGACGACCCAGACUUCCCUAACCCUGGGAGUCCAGAUGCACAGCAGGGCUUUGUACAGGGGAUACAACCAGCAAAGCCAUUUUGCAUAAGAAUAUUUUAAUUUUAUACUUCUAGUAUCUUUUUAAAGCAUUUUAUUUUCCUAUCUUGAAAGCUGUUAGCACUUUGGCAGACAAUGACAAUGGGAGUUGACUGAAUGUAUGAAGGAAUGUGUCGUAAACUGCUCCCAACAAACGUCCAUCUUCUCUGUGGCUCAGAGGAGGAGAAGUCAUGGCAGGAUUCAGGAUUCACCAUAUUGCUGGACAUUUUUUUCUUCUUUCAGUGUGUUUCAUUUCAUCACGUUCUGUGUGCUGAAAGAAUUUCAUGCAACUUCAAUAAUUUAUAAAAGACAGUAACUCAAAUCCUA